AUGUCUCGGCGGGCGCUGGAGCACCAGCACGCCAAGGCGAUGAAGCGCUACGAGGCGCGCGUUGCCGCUGGCCUCGUCAUUCCAAAGCCACCGGAACAGGACCCCGAGGACGUGUUCCCAUACAAGUGUGACCCGGUCACGAUGGACUUGGGCCAUGUCUUGUACUCCAACAUUGUCGAGUCGACAUACUUCCAGGACAACUGCGCGGAGCAGAAGAAGAAGGAGAAGAAGAAGGAGAAGAAGGAGAAGAAGGAGGAGGAGGAGGAGGAGGGCGCUGUUGGUGGUGGCUUCUUCACCUUUGGCCACGCAUGCAUCUGGAUGUUUGCUCUCAAGACAUUUGAAGACAUCGUUGACGAGAUUUACACGUUUGUCGAUCAUCUAGAGCCCAUCAUCUUGUCGCCGCAGAACUCGCCCAGCACCGCUUUCUGCCUUCUCUACAGGCUGUUCUGCUUGCGCCUGAACGAGGCGCAGCUUGACACGCUUGUGACGCACAAGGACUCUGUGUACAUUCGGGCCAUUGGCUUUCUGUACCUGCGCUACACAGCGGACCCCGAGACGCUGUGGACGUGGUUCAGCGACUACAUUGACGAUCCGGAGCCCGUCAAGGUCAAGAUGGCCGCAGCCGCCCCGCAGAUGCCGCUCGGCGAAUACCUCCGCAUGCUCAUCACCGAGCUUCAGUAUCUGCAUCCCGUGUGCCGCCUCCCGCGCAUCCCCGUCAUGGAGCACCGCGACAUGCUCGACUACCUCGACAGCCACCCAUACGACUCUCGCAGGUUCACAGGUGAGCUGACAGAGGAGGAAGAGGCCGCCCGUCCCCCGCCGCCACCACGCCCCGAUGAUAGGGACGACCCAUACGUGCGCGGCCGCCGCCACUCGCCAACGCCCGUGCGCUCCUCGCGUCCCCGUUCGCCAUCGCGGUCGCGGUCUCGCCGCCGCCGCAGCCCGAGCAGAGACAGGCGCUCCUCCCGCCGCACCCGCAGCCGCACCAGGAGCAGGAGCCGCGAUCGCGACCGUGAUCGUGAUCGUGAUCGGCGACGGGACCACCGCAGCAGGAGUCGAGACCGCAGUCGCGACAAAGACAGGGACCGCGACAGGGACAGGCGGAGACGCCGCAGCAGGAGCAGAGACAAGGAUCGCCGUGACCGUGACCGUGAUGAUGACAGGCGACGUGACCGUGACCGUGAUCGUGAUCACGAGCGCAGCAGCAGUCGACGUCGUCGCAGCCGUGACCGCCACCGCGAUUAUGACGAUGAUGACCGCCGCCGCCGCCGCCACCGCCAUCGCAGCCGCAGCCGUGACCGUGAUCGUGAUCAUGAUCGUGAUCGUGAUCGUGAUCGUGACUCUGAUCGGAGGAGGGGCAGCCGGCACGACAGGAGCCGCAGUCGCGAUCGUGACAGGCGCUCGUCGUCCCGCCGCCGUGACUGA